GCGCUGCGCUGUUCUGUAGAGCGGAGCGGGAGUGUGUUCUGUGUUCUGAGGAUGGGGCUGAGGAUGGAGGUGAGGAGUGUGUUGUGUGUGUUGAUAUUUCUGGGUUGGACCCACCAGGCUGGAGCUCAGUUCCCGAGGGUCUGCUGCACGGUGGAGAACAUCCUGUCUAAACGCUGCUGCCCCCAGCUGGGUCCGAACCCGGCCGACGUGUGCGGGGUCCUGUCCGGCCGAGGGAACUGCACCGUCGUCCGGGUGGACACCAAACCCUGGGGUGGACCAUACAGCCUGAGGAACGUAGACGACCGAGAACGAUGGCCAACCAAGUUCUUCAACCAGACCUGCAGAUGCUUUGGUAAUUUUGCUGGGUAUAACUGUGGCGAGUGUAAAUUCGGCUGGACCGGGCCGAACUGUGAUCAGCGUAAAGCUCCAGCGGUGCGAAAGAACAUCCUCUCUCUGACGCCGGUCGAGCUGCAGGAGUUCCUGGACGCUCUGGACCAAUCCAAAAACACCAUCCACCCGGAUUACGUCAUCGCCACCGAGCACUGGCUCGGCCUGCUGGGGCCCAACGGCACCAACCCCCAGGUCUCCAACAUCUCCAUCUAUGACUUCUUCGUGUGGCAGCACUACUACUCUGUCAGAGACACUCUGCUGGGACCUGGAAGACCGUUUAAAGCCAUCGACUUUUCCCAUAAAGGGCCGGCCUUCAUCACCUGGCACAGGUACCACCUCCUCAGUCUGGAGAGGGACCUGCAGAAAAUGACAGGUAAUGAGAACUUUGCGGUUCCGUACUGGAACUUUGCCACCGGUGGUUCUGAGUGUGACGUUUGUACGGACUCUUUACUCGGGGGUCGUGACCCCGCUGACCCGACCCGUAUCAGCCCUGGCUCUCGCUUCACCAGCUGGGGAGUGGUAUGUGAGAGUCUGGACGAGUACAACCGGCUGGUGACUCUGUGUAAUGGAACCAGGGAAGGUCCUCUGCGGCGGGGGGUCGGAGACAGCAGCUCCCCUCGUCUGCCCACCAUUAAUGACGUCAGGAGCUGCCUGAACCUGCGGGACUUCGACAGUCCACCUUAUUUCACCAACUCCACCUUCAGCUUCAGGAAUGCGCUGGAGGGCUACGAUAAACCAGAUGGAGAGAUGGACAGUUCCAUGACCAACCUCCACAACCUGGUGCACAUCUUCCUCAACGGGACGAGCGGGAUGUCCCACUCCGCUGCUAAUGACCCUAUCUUCCUGGUUCUUCAUGCUUUCACAGACGCUAUUUUUGAGGAGUGGCUGCGUCGUUUCGAUGGAAAUGGCAGUUUCCCAGACGAGAUGGCCCCUAUUGGUCAUAACCGGCACUACAACAUGGUGCCCUUCUUCCCUCCAGUGACUAACGAGGAGAUUUACAUCACCUCCAGCCAACUGGGGUACUCCUAUGCCCUCGACUUAGAAGAUACAGAUCCUGGUUCCACCAUGUUUGUUCUGGGCGGAACGCUGGGAGGGAUUUUCCUGGGUCUGCUGCUCCUGCUGCUGCUCCUGGUUCUGUAUCUCCAGCAGAGAAAAAGGAGGGAGUUCGAGCCGCUGAUUAAAGCCGAGUUUAUCAGCACUAGAUACACAGAGGCGUAGAACCUCAAAACGGAACCUCAGAACCUGCACGAUAUAGUGAAAUAUAAAUAAUGAUUGAUGAUGUCAGAGAGUUUAUAUCAGUGAUCCUUUGCUAGCUUUUAUUGUUGUUAUUAAUAUUAUUAUUAUUAUUUUGAGAUGAAAACUUGAAAAAAAUAUGAUUAUUAUCAACUUUAUUUAAACUUUAUUAAAUAAAAGUAAAGUAAACAAACUAAUUCAGAUCAAAAGCAGAUUCACAACCAAAAAUCAUAACAACAAUUGUAAUAAGAGAAACCGAUUUCCUCUGAUUUUCUUUGGAGCCGUUUUCUACAAUAUUUUAUAAUCUAACAUUUUAUAAUGUAUAAUUUAUAAUUCUGUGUAAAAUGUGGGAUAAUUUAGCUUUUUGAGAUCUCAAAUCCUCAUCACAUGAUGCUAGAUUUGCUUAGUCUUCCUUCUAGACAAGAAAAUGUUGCACCAGUUUAAUCUUUUUUAGAUUGAAGCUACUGUGAAGCCACCAGAGAUCAACACGCUUGGAGGAGAACACUAAUUCUAAUACACUAAUACUAUAACAUUAGAUAACAGAUGCCCAUGCUGGCUGGCAUUGCCCACACUGAGUGAUGGGGUAACUGGGGGGUGGAUUCCACAACUGUUUCACUUCUGCCCUCUGAAUGAUCACAUUGAUUUUUUUAAAUUAUUUUUCUUUUUUGUUCUGAAUUGGAUUUUCUCCUAAAUUUUACAGGUUCGGUUUUUGUCAUUUCAGUACAUCUUCAGGUGCUCUCUCUCAGGGAAUCUAAUAUUUGGGACAGUUUACCAGUAUACACACACACACACACACACACACACACACUCAGACAUGUGCACACAUGAUAAUGAAUUUCACACUGUAGUUUUAAGCUGCUCUCCACUGUGAAAUUGAAGUCAUAACUAAACUCUGACAAAAGCCACAGUGAACCAAAGCUGUUAAUCACCGCUUCUCACUUAUUUAUGCAUUUAAUCAACAUGGUGAUGUAAUCAGUGAA